AUGGCAGAGUAUACUUUUAGGUGGCCUGAAGGCCCGCAAGAUGUUAUUUUGACUGGUGAUUUUGACAACUGGAGUGGAAGCUUGCCCCUGGUGAAAAGCCCAAGGGGGGACUUCGCUAUCACCAUGCCAAUUCCACCCAGCUCGAAGAACAAAUUUCAUUUUAAGUUCAUUGUUGACGGUCAGUGGAUGGUCAGCGACAACUACGACGUCGACCACUCUUCAGAGGGCAUCGAGAACAACUUCCUAGUUGUUUCAUCGCUGCCUACCCCAAGCAGCAACAAGGCAGCCGCUGCCGGCGGCAAAAUUCCUGAAAUUGGACUCAACUUAGUGGCUCCGGAGGUUGCUGCUCCUGUGUUGGGUACUCAGGCUCCGCAGAAGGCACAGCCUGCCCCACGCUCAAACAAGAAGAGCAAGAAAAAGAGAAUCCAAAUUAAGCGUAGAAUCCGCAGAAACAAGAAGACAGGCGAGAGAACUGUUCUUUCUGAGGAGCGUUCCGAGCUCAAGUCGGGCACCGACGACGAGACUUACGAGACCGAAGAGACGGCCACGGCCACGAACACUUCAAGGGAAGACACUCCGCUUUCCACGGACCUCGACCCAUUGGUCAACCCCACCCAGCGUCAGAAUGAGUUCAGCAGCACAGUAAUGCCUUCGACCGAAAACCGCCAGACGACAUUGGGCGAACCCGGUAUCGCCAUUGUGAAGGAUGCUGCUCAAAUCAAGGAAUUCUCGGAAAUUAGAGACGUUGAUGCCGACGAGCUCAAUGAAAGGCUAAAUCGUGAACUGGCUGAAAAGCAAAACCGCGAGGCAUCUACUGUCGAAGAAACCCCUGCUGAGAAGGAGACCGAACCCUUGAAGUCAGCGGACGAAGGCGUGCACGUUUCACCUCCUGAAUUCCCCGUUGUUGAGAAAAACAUUUCUCCACCUGAAUUCCCCGUUGUUGAGAAGGAUCUCUCAUCGCCAGCCGUUAAAGGUGGCGAAGAAGAGAGCUCUUCUAAGGCCCCAGUGGCUGCCUUCGCUGCGAUUCCUACUGGAGACCACGAUGUUGCUUCGGAGUCCCCAGUUCCUGAAUCUCCUACAUUGAAGGAGGAGAGCGCGCCUGCUACUCUAGCCGCUGGAAAGAAGGACGUGAAACCUUUGGAAGCCUCAGCAGCCGAGGAGAAGGGGCCUAAGCCUGCUCUGGCGUCCGGAAAGCAACCGGUUGUUGCUGCACUUCCAGCGCCAGAGAAAGACACUUCAUCUUCGAAGGCUCUUGUUCCUGAGAAUGACGACUCUUCCACUAGGGCUUUGGCUGGCGACGUUUCUCCUGCUGAAGUGGCUGCUAUAGCCACUUCUCCUUCAGCGCUCCCAGUUGCUGAAAAAGAGGUUGAACCAAGUUCUGCAGUUUCUGAGGAAAUCUCUACACCGCUUGUAUCUCAAAAGGCCGCGUAUGCUGAUUCUACUUCUGGGGUCGCUUUAGCUUCUGAGGAUAAGGAAGAUGGCUCUGAGGCGCCAGCUGCCGCUGGUAUUUUCGCCGUUGAACAAAAGUCCUUUAUUCCAGCUGCUGCGGGUGCAGGAGCUGUUGCAACGACUGUCGCUGCCGUUGGCGCUGUUGAGGCCCUGCCAGAAGAAAAGGAUUCUUCCUUGAAGGGCAAUGCGUUUGCAUCUUCCCUAGAUCCUAUUCAGGGAAAAAGUCAAAAGCUAUUCGAAAGGGACGUGUCCGAAGAAGAACCAAGUACAGCUGGUGCAACUAAAGACACUAUCGACACUUUCGAGGCAAUUGAGGCGCCUCAGCAAAAAGGUGUUGCUCCAAUUGCUGUUGCUGAGGUCGAUACUGUUCAAGACCAUAGCAAGAAAAUGCCAAGUAACGAAUUUGGCACUCAGCCUAUUGAUGAGAACGCGAAACCAAGCAAGGUGGUUCAAGAAGAAACUAUUGUAGCUGCGCCAGUCACAGGCUUGGAUGAGUCCCAUCCAGACACUGCUGAGCAUGUGCAUGCUGAAAAGGAUUUUACUGAGACUCCUAUUGCCGAACCAAAGACUGGCUCAGGUGCUUCUCAGAAAUCCAAAGUCACAUCUCCCGCGAACGAUUACGACAUUGUUGUGGUAGAAGGCGAAUUGGGCAAGCUACCAGCGAAGUCAUCUGCUGCUGACGCAUCUGCUGCCAUUUCCGAGGCCCCUGCUUCUCACGAAAAGCCUGCAGAUGUAGUGGAAGGUGUUCCAAAAGAGUCGGAGUUGGUGCCUAAGGAGUCUGCAGACGCCUUUGAGAGCAACGUGAGCUCUAGUGAACAAAAAGUCAACGUAGUCGAGGAAAUUGGUGUGAUUACUUCUCCCGAACAGGAAGCCGAGCUAAUUCGCAAGACAUUAGAUCCAAAGGCUUCGUCCCCUGGCGAGACCGAAGAGUUGCUAAUUGUCGAGGGGGAUAUUCCACCUUCUCAGAUCGCUGAGUAUCAAGAGGCCAGCGAGGCCGCAGCCGCUAAAGCUAUGGCGAAUCAGAAUCCUGAGGAGGCAGUUGUGCGCGAAGAGCCAAGCACAAAUGCUGCACCAAAGGAACCUGUCAAGGAAACUUCUAACGUCGCUCACGCGAAGAAAGCGUCUCCAGUGAAACAAAAGCCAGCAGCCUCUUCUACCAGUAAGCCCGCCGAGAAAGAAAAGAAGAAGAAGAAGGGUCUCUUCUCAAAGAUCAAGAAGAUCUUCCAUUGA